AUGGUAUCCUACAUGAAUUUAUUCGUAGUCGCUAUAAUAUUACAAAUUACAUUUGUGUCCCCGAUCGCUGAAAUUGAGGCGGAUGAUGAAGUGCUGCACUUAAUAGGCGAGCCUGACUUCCGUGAUGUGCGGCUACGAUGGGAGUACGGGAAGAGUGAAGAGGAGGACCCUAAGAAAAUAUUGGCAUUCCAAAUACAUUACUGCGAGUUGCAGGCCUGGGGUCAAUAUCGAUGCAGAACCAAAGUGGUCGAUAAUUUUGAAGACGAAAGGUCAGCAAGGAUGACAGUAGAAACAACAACCAACAAGGUGCCAAUUGGGAAAAGAGGUAGAACAUACACGACGUACAUCACGGGUCUACGAAUGGCCACUACAUACUCAUUUGAAGUUCGACCUGUGAGACGAGAUGCUCGAGAUCUUGCAGAUCCACACUCUAUUGGAUCGAAGAUUAUUAUUGUUCCUACUAAAGGAUUCUCAGCACGAGCAACCCAAUGUCUCCCUCAUGCUAGUGAAGUUGAAGUAUCUACAGGACCAUACUUUGGUGGGCGCAUAGCCGUGGAAGCCGUAGACGGUGGUCCAGAAAGAUGUUCUAUUCAAGGAAAUCCAAAUAGUGCUCAAGACGCCUAUAUACUCCGAAUACAUCACGAUGAAUGCGGAUCCGAGGUCAACGACACAACCGUCGCUACUUACGUGAUCGUUCAAGAGAACUUGCCAAUUCUCACUCAUAGUACUCGCCGAUUUUUGGUUCUAUGUAGUUACAAACCUGAGACAUUAACAGUACGAGCUGGUAUUAAUUUACCAAAAGCAAACCCAGGAGAUGUUUUAGUCGAAAGUAAAACUCUCGGCGCCGUGGAGCCUUAUGAUGAACAGGACUUAAAUGACAAUAGAUUGCAGCCGGCCCGUCUUGAAGCUACGAAGGAGGAAACGCAACAAAGUAUGUUUGGAGAAAUCACUCUAGUGAUGUUCCUAGUCGUCGCUGCGUUUGGCGGCGUUGCUUUCUUAAUUUGGAAAAUGGUACCGCAAGCUGAUCGAGGAAACAGUGACAAUAUGUCUGUUUCGACAACAUCGUCCCUUUCGCGUUCUGGACUCUUCUGUAGAAGCAACAUCGAUAGAUUUAAUAGAAGUUCCAUUUAUUCUAUAACGUUAUCAGAAAAAGAUGAAACUGUAAAAAAACCUAGCGAUGGUGACGAUACUUCAGAGGCAUAAAUAAACCUUUCCUAAGUUUUGCUUAAGAUAGGAUUUUAAGUUGAAUAACAGACUGUAUUAAUUAGGUUGCACGAAAUGUGAUUAUAAAAUAGAUAUAGUUCUUAAUUUAAUAUUUUAGAGCUUGUUAAAUAUCGUCUAAGAACCUGUAGUGUUGUAAUAUUAAAGAGCCUAUUUAUAAUGUCCUAUUUACAACAAUUUGCAGAUACUACAUCUGGCCAGUAUUAAGACAAUCACUUCAAUGUUUUGAUUGCCAUAAGAUAUUUCACUAAUCAAUGCUUUUAAAUGUAAGACACAAAGUGAGUUCAAAUAAAACAUUUAAAUCAAUGAAA